AUGCUCAUUAAAAGAAAAGCAAUCAAAGCAGAAAUAAUCAAGCCUAUUACUCCGCACACUUUUCGUCGUUCUUUGGCAACUAAUCUUUAUAAUCGAGGCGGGAAAUUAGAAACCAUCCAAAAACAACUCGGACAUAGCAAUGUAGGAACAACCAUGGGCUAUAUUCACAAUGAUUUUGCUACUUUAUAUGCUGAUUAUAGCAAAAUCUUUCAAAACCAAAAUCAAUCUUUAAGCAAUUAUUCCACUAGUGAACUAUUAGCUGAAAUAGGAAGGAGAACAGGAGGAGUUUAUGUCAAGGAUUAUCAGCCUGCUCUUAUUCUUUACGAAAAUACUAACUAUCUUUAUUCAAGGCAACACCAAGGGACAGUGAGUUUAUUGAAGUUGCUGGGAGCAAUUGAAAGUUUGCCAUUAAGAAUUGAAAGUAUCCUCGUUAAGCAAGUUAAAGAUUUAAAGGCUAAAUUAUUCAAAGAUGAAACCCAAAUCGAAGACUUAGAAUUCAAGCUCGGAAAAGGAGAAGGGAGGAGAAUAAUGCCAUAUACCAAAGAACAACUUAAAGCUUACUACCAAAUCAAUAAAGCCAAACUCAACCAACAAAGAAGCGAAAGAAGGAAAUUAGCCAGGUUGGGACAGAUUAGAAAGGGGGAGGUUGAGACAGUAUCCCAGGUUGAGACACUUUUGGAAGUUAGGACGCUUGAACAGGUUGAGACAUCUAAACUCUGA